AUGUUUCUUUUUUUUUUUGUAUUUUUAACCUCUAGAUGGAUAUUUAUUCAUCAUGAUCGACCAGAACCACGACUACUCUCUCUAUUAUACAUUCUACCUGGUUAUAUUUGUGCACUACCAGCAGAGAGUUUAGUUGAUCCAACUAUUUAUGAACAAUAUAUUCAACCACUUAUUAUAAUACUUGGUAAACUUCUUUAUUUAUCAACUGGAUAUUGUGUAAAACCACAAUGGAAUGAAAUAUUCACUAAUAUACAUAUUGAUUUCAAUAUUAAUCCUAGUAACAAUCUACCAAAUUCAUGUCCAACUUUAGCUGAAGCUAGUGCAAGUUUUUUAGGCAUGUUAUUACAUCGUUUAACAAGUUAUAGUAUUGAUUUACGUUGUUUUAAUCUACUUGGCAAUAUUGUUGGUAAAUAUAAUGAAGAUGAUAAUAAUCAUCAAACAGUAACUAAUGCCUAUGCUGAAUCUUCAUGGUGGACACCAUUUGUUAAUUUAAAAUCAAUUGUUAACUUUUGUCAUAAACGAAUUAAUCGUAAUUAUAAACAUCAGCAUAGUUUUUGGUUUAUUCCAACUUUAAUGACAAAAUCAUUAGCUCAACAAUUGAUUAAAGCCUUUCUAUAUCCUAUUAUGCAACAGUUAGAAAAUACUCAUGAUCAUUUGAAGUGUUUAUUACAGAAUAAGAACAAUACUCAAAUGGUGAUAAUAAUAUGA